UAACCCCAUUGUUUCACAAGGCAAUCCACUCCAUUUUUUAGCUAUCUAUCUCUUCUUUCUUCAUCCUAUAAUUUGCCUCUUUCUUUCAUUUAAAAAAAAAAAAAAAAUCCCUGAAUUUGUUCUCCAAUGGCUACUCCUACAUUGUCCUUUUUAUCCCUUUUGUUCUUCUCAUUCACCUUGUGUUUUACUCAGACUUUUGCUCAGUGGCAAAGCGCUCAUGCUACAUUCUAUGGAGGGGGUGAUGCCUCUGGCACAAUGGGGGGAGCUUGCGGAUACGGUAAUUUGUACAGCACAGGCUAUGGAACCAACAUUGCAGCACUAAGUACUGCUCUGUUCAACAAUGGAUUGAGCUGUGGAUCAUGCUACCAGAUCAAAUGCGCUGUAAAUGACCCAAAAUAUUGCUUGGGAGGAACUAUUACAGUGACAGCAACUGAUUUCUGCCCACCCAACCCUUCUUUGCCCAAUGAUAAUGGCGGAUGGUGCAAUCCUCCCCGCCAACACUUUGACAUGGCACAACCGGCUUUCUUGCAAAUUGCCCAAUACAGAGCCGGAAUUGUCCCCGUCAACUACCGCAGGGUACCAUGUGUGAAGAAAGGAGGAAUCAGGUUCACAAUCAAUGGACAUUCAUACUUCAAUUUGGUUUUGGUUAGCAACGUUGGUGGUGCAGGAGAUGUUCGUGCUGUUUCAAUCAAGGGAUCAAGAACAGGGUGGCAAUCAUUGUCAAGAAACUGGGGUCAAAACUGGCAGAGCAAUUCUUACCUUAAUGGCCAAAGUCUCUCCUUCCAAGUCACCACCAGUGAUGGAAGAACGGUGACCAGUUACAAUGUUGCUCCGGCGAACUGGCAGUUUGGUCAAACAUAUUCAGGAGGACAAUUCUAAUAAGUUUCUUCUUCAGAUGAUUUUUACUAGAAAGAAAGAAAGAAAGAAAGAACAAUUUGUAUAUGGCUCAUUUAUGGGUGUUUGUUAGGAUGGGAAGAAGAGGCGCAACCGCGCAGGGACGGUGGCUCUAUGGCAGUGGUGGCACGUUUGUUUGUAGCACCCGCUUAGGCCUAAUAUAUAGUAGUAUUAAUUAUGGUUAUUAUCUACAUAUAGUAUUUUUAGCAAUUUAGCUAUGGUUUGGAGUUUUGAUUUUUAUAGUUUUAAGAAACUUGAUCUCUUGCAAGUUUCUGUUAUUCUUGAGCGGCGGAUAUGUAUUAAAUCUAAGCCGCUCACCAAUGUAUCAGAGCUUUAUGUGUUAUUUGUUCCUUGGUUCAGUGCAAUGCAGAAGCCGGAUUGAGGCAGUAAAUCAUAGUAUUACU